AUGAGGGCCGCGCUGGUGGGGUACAGCAGCUCGGAGGAGGAGGAGGAGGAGGAAGAAGGGGGGCGCCGGGGCGGCGGCGCGCAGGGGCCCCCCCGGGCCAGCGCCGACCGCCCCCGCCUGCCCGUCCCCGCCGGCCUGCCGGGCGAUCCGGAGCCGGAGGAGGUCGUUAGCGACGACAGCUCCCGCCACGGCGGCCGCGUCCGCGGCUUCCCCCACGAGCGGGGCAGCUGGGCCACCCACGUCUACCUGCCCUACAGAGUCCAGGAGGAAUUCCUGGAGCUGCUGGAGCUCCUGGUCUCCCGCGCUCGCACCUACGUCUCCUCGCUGGCCGCCAUGGAGGAGUUCCACCUCAGCCUCUCGCAGUGCGUGGUGCUGCGCUACCACUGGAUCGACCCCUUCGUCCGCUCCCUCAAGGAGCGCCUGGCCUCCUUCCACAGGUUCUUCUGCGUGGCUGACCAAGUGAAGGUUUACACCAACCAGAACAAAACCAGGACUUUUAUUGGCUUGGAGGUCUCUGCUGGGCAUUUCCAGCUGCUGGAGCUGGUCUCAGAGGUGGACAGAGUUCUGGAGGAAUUUGACCUUCCCACGUUCUACAAGGACCCGUCGUUCCAUAUCAGCUUGGCCUGGUGCGUCGGGGACCUGUCUGGCAGGCUGGAAGGGCAGUGUCUGCAGGAGCUCCAGGACAUUGUGGACAGGUUUGAGGACUCGGCGCUCCUGCUGCGUGUCCAAUGGGAGCAAAUCCGCUGCAAGUCGGGGAACAAGUACUUCUCCUUCCCCUUGAGGUAGGGGCCGGUGGGACUGUGCAUUUCAGAGCCUCGAAGAGCCUGAUGCUCAACCAAGGACCGUUCUCCAGCGCAGCUCUGAGUAGUGCGGGCUGGCACGCACCUCCCACGCUGCUCGUGCCUGCUCAGCAUUUCUGGGGUGUCUGUGGCCUCAAGACGGGCUACUUCCAAGUUUGAGUUGCUGGCUGAAGAAAUGUGUGUUUGUAGCAGAUCUCGUCCUCGCUGCUGUAUGUGCUGCAGUCAGCACCGGCGGUUCCAGCCAUCCCACAGUCGCUAAUUUUGCUGAUCUUUUAAAAAAA